CAACCGCUUGGUUGAGUUUUUUUUUUCUUCAGUAAUACGGCAUUUGUUAACCCUGGGAUUUGUAUAUGUAUUUUACUCUAGGAGCUAUGGAGUCCUAUGAGGAUAUGAGUGAAGAUGAACUGACUAGCUACAUUAUUCAAAUGAGUAUACAAGAAUCUUGUCAGGAUGCCUUAAAAUCUGAUGUCAGCUUAAAGAAAGCAAGUGAUGAAAAUGCGAGAGUUCUCACUGCAAUAGAGAAAGGGGACGUUUGUGUACUCAAGGAGAUGCUGCGCCACUCCUUUGCUUUCAGAGAGCUGGACAGCAGGGGUUGGCUGCCGCUCCACAGGGCUGCAUCGCAACCUAUACUUGCUGUUCUGGAGACGGUUCUGCGAGUGGCUUCACAUGGGCUGACGCUGGAAGAGAGGACAACAUUAGGGGGGGAGACAGCCCUGACUCUGGCAGCCAAAGCCGGCCUGGUGGAGAAUGUUAAGACUCUGUUGGAGCAUGGUGCUUCUCCACACAACACCAACAGCAACAAUGAGUCACCUCUAUUGUUAGCUGUUCGUGCCGGGUCCUACGAAAUGGCGUACACGAUGAUUGCCCGGGGAGCAUGGGUAGAGGAGCUGUGUCGGAAGGAGUGGACGGCCAUGCACGAGGCAGCGAAGUUGGGCAGCUCCGAGAUGAUCAUGCUGCUCAUUCGACAUGGAGGCCGCGCCAACCAGAAGGACUUCCACGGAGUCACGCCGUUAUCUGUGGCGGCCGAUUGCUGCCACCUUCACAUUAUAGAGAUCCUGCUGCACCAUGGGAGUAAAGUCAACUCUCAGGCCUUGAACGGGGAAAGUAUUCUGACAGAUGCAGCUGGAUCAGGAAACCCAGACUGUGUUCAACUUCUCUUACAAAACGGUGCCGACCCGAAUCUCGCCAGUGGAUCCGGACAUCUGCCUAUUCACAAGGCAGCCUUUCAGGGCCACUAUGAUGUCUUGAACAUAUUGAUACCACUCACCACCAAAAAGGCGUUGAAACAGUCCGGCCAGAGUCCUGUUCACUCUGCGGCCGAUGGAGGUCACAGCAAAUGUCUGGAGCUCCUCAUCGCCCACGACUUCGACAUCAAUGCCAGCAUGAACACGCGCAACUCUGAGAACUACACAGAUCUGAGAAAAAGCGCGCUGUAUUUUGCUGUCUCCAAUGGGGACGUGACUAGCACUGAGGUGCUGCUGAACGCCGGUGCCAAGCCUAACCUGGACCCUCUGAACUGCCUUCUGGUGGCAGUGAGAGCAGGGUUUUACCAGAUUGUCCAAAUGCUGCUUGACAAACGGGCAGACGUCAACUGCUACUUCACAGUGGUCAGUGACACCGUGUUUCCCACUGCCCUGCAGUACUGCCUGAGAGACGAGAUGAUGAUGCGUCUCCUGCUCAACAAAGGCUACGACGCAGAGACAUGUUUCAGGUGUAACCAUGACAACCUCUCUGGUACUGUUGGGCCUGACAUGGAAAGAAUUCCUUUUUGUGAAUUUAUGAGCCUUUGUUGCCUGAUGCACCUGGCUGGACGUGUGGUGAGGAUUCUAUUGGAUUAUGUCAGUCACGUACCCAUCUGUUUAAAGCUCAGACUUAUUCUGGAGAAGCAGCAGGAGUGGCCGGAAAUAUGUGACAUUCAUGGGAACCCUCGACCACUCAAGCACCUGUGCCGACUGCAGAUCAGGAGGCUGAUGACCCUCAAAAGACUUAAUGACCCAAGAAUCAUGAACUCUGACCUUUUUCCUCCCGGCCUCAGAAACGUUCUUUUGUACAAAGAGCUAGAUUUGUAUGACCAAACAGCUGAAUUUAUGAUGUAAAGGGAAAGAGAUGACUAUUAACUGUUCAAAAUGCCAGCAUGUAUGCUGUUUGUAUUUGCUUGAAUUACUGAUGUUAAAUGAAUGCAUCAUAUUAUCAUAAUUUUUUAUAAGUAUGUUCUUUUCAUGUGUUUUAGAGUGUGGAUACAUUUGUCCUGUCCCUUUACGUAAAAAAUUUGGUUUUUCAUAAAUACAUAUUUCUGCAUGUUUUUUAAAAUCACAAAUGGACAGUACAGAUUUUCAAUGUGAUUUACAAAUUUGUCAGACUGUAGCUCUGCCACUUUCAUAGAUAUCGAAGACCAUGUGUUUUAUAUAAGCACUCAAGUCUGUGAAAUGAAUUAUCUUGUGUCAUAUGACACUAUCAUCACCUAUACAAAACUAUACCAAAGUAGUAUUGAAAACUGUUUCAAAU